UCUCGGGAGGCCAGCGGCCGAACUGGACAACCGGACUGCAGCCUGGCUGGGACUGCAGGCCCCGAGGGACAGAGCCGCUCACCAGGCUGUGGGAACAGCGUUGGGGUGAGCACCCGUCCUUGGGUCCAUGUGCCCACCCCAGGCCCAGGCAGAGGUGGGUCCCACCAUGACAGAGAAAACCGAGGUAGUGCGUGCUCCCAGCCCAGCGUCUGCCCCGCCCCCUAAGCCUGCUUCACCAGGGCUCCUGCCCCCCCAAGAGCUGGACCACAGAGGCGUCUCCCCCACCAGGCUGCCUCCGGGUGUGCCAGUGAUCAGCCUCGGUCACACCAGGCCCCCAGGGGCAGCCAUGCCCACCACGGAGCUGAGUGCCCUUCGGCCACCCUUGCUGCACCUCUCCACCCUGGGAACUGCCCCGCCCGCCCUGGCUCUGCAUUACCACCCUCACCCCUUCCUCAACAGCGUCUACAUUGGGCCAGCAGGACCUUUGAGCAUCUUCCCCAGCAGCCGGCUGAAGCGGAGACCCAGCCACUGCGAACUGGACCUGGCUGAGGGGCACCAGCCCCAGAAGGUGGCGCGGCGCGUGUUCACCAACAGCCGCGAGCGCUGGCGGCAGCAGAAUGUGAAUGGUGCCUUCGCAGAGCUCAGGAAGCUGCUGCCCACUCACCCGCCCGACCGGAAGCUGAGCAAGAACGAGGUGCUCCGCCUGGCCAUGAAGUACAUCGGCUUCCUGGUGAGACUGCUGCGCGAUCAGGCGGCCACUUUGGCCGCGGGUCCCGCCCCGUCCGGGCCGCGGAAACGGUCUGUGCAGGGAGGCUCCCGCUCUGGACGCAGUGCCAAGACUGCAGCGCGCGCUCAGCCCGCGGCCACGGUGGACUCCGAUUGCAGCCCCAGCGGGGUAGCCCGGCCCAUCAAAAUGGAGCAAGUGGCCCAGAGUCCGGAGGUGCGGUGACCUUGUGUAGCAGCGGCGUCUCUAAGCUGGGGGGGGGGGUCCUGGAAAUGCAGCCUAGGACCGUCCAGGCAAAGGGCGGACGCCGCGCAUCGCCUGCUCCAGAGCGAACCCCCUGGACGACAGACAAGUGAGGACUUCUCCGAAAGGAGAGUGGUCCUGGGGAUCUGGAAAGGCGACCGUCGACCCCAGGGUCCCCGCCGGUUUUUUAAAAAUUGCCGACUGCCCGCUUGAAGUUGUUUUGCCUGUGUCCCCGUCCAAGGGGCGAGGUCAAGGAACAGGCCGAGCAGUCUCGGACCCCUGUCGUGCCUUCCCACCCCCACCCCCCGGCCGGAGGCGCUGGGGAGCCGUCACCCUGCCCACCGGCGCCCCCUCCCGGUGGCCGAAGGACAGGCGCCUCAGACGGCGCAGUUUCGCCGCACCGACUCCACCCGGUUUUAGGAGAUCGCGUCUGUGAAGGCUCAGGAGCUGUUGCUUUUUUUUUUUUUUUUCUUUAUUUCUUUAUUUCACAUACACAUUAGCCAUUCAAUGGAGAAGCCAGAGAGUCAGGCAAAGAUGGUAUAACAGAAGCGCAGUGACGGGGGCGGGGCGGGGCAGGGCGAGAGGGGACAGACGGGCUGGCUACUUGCAUUCCGCUAGGACACUGAAAACCCAGAAAACAAAA